GAUGCUGCCUCACCCGCUGAGUUUCUCCAGCAUUUCUGUCUACCUUCGAUUGUUCCAGCAUCUGCAGUUCUUUCUUAAACACGAAGUGCUGGAGUAAUCUCAACUGGUCAGGCAGCAUUUCUGCAGAGCAUGGGCAGGUCGGCACCAUUCUUCAGACUGCACUGUUUUUGUUUCGAGGUUACACACAGCGUAAAGUUCCCGCGAGUUGGAGAUGGGUUAAAAUAUUUUAAUUAUCUGGGCUCGUGAGUAGGAGUUGCAAGCUAGCAGAGGCGGAAAAUCACAACCUUGGAGGCAAAGGAUGAAGUUUUCAAUGCACGAAGGAAUUCCGUGAUUUGGUUUUGAAAGUGUUGUUAUUUAUUCCGUCCUGAGCCCUGGUUUCGUGCGGAGAGGGCUUGCUUUGGACCCGUGUGCAUCCGACACCGGGUGCAUAAACUUCGAAGGAGAGAGUGGAGAAUGCAAAAGAGGCACCGCUCGUGUUGGGGCGCCGUGGCUCUGCAUCUGAUGCUUGCAUUUACCCUGGCGGUCUGGCUGUUGCAACUGAGUGCGAGCAAAGUGUGCUGCUCCCUCGCCCUGCUCUCUCAGUCCUUUCACACCUUCUCCACGCUGCUGGGUCUGUGCACGCUGCAGGUGUCUCGGAGGCUCAACUGGGCCGGCCGGGUCCACAAUCGGGCCAAGAACACCUUCGGCUGGCUGAGGGUGGAGCCGCUGGGCGCCCUGGUGCAAGGCGUGUUCCUCACUGGCCUCUGCUUCGCCGCCCUGGGGAAAACGGUGGAGAGCUUGUUGCAACCUCGCCCAGUCCGACGCCCCGAGGUCCUAGUGGGGGUCGGGUUAACCAGUCUCCUGAUCGACCUGGGCAGUUUCUACAUCUUCAGAGGAGCAAACAACGCACAAGACUGGCCCUCCGCAGACACGGGUUGCAAGCGCGAAAACAAAGAACUUCUCAGUGAGACGCUGACCGAUGUCCCGGGACGAAGCAAGAGCUGGUGGGGAGAGGAUUUGGAGGAGCCCGGGGCCGUGGGCGAAGAGCUGCGCCUGGAUUGUCAGAGGGCUUCACCGCGGGUGCUGGCGGAUGCCCCGAUCUCGGUUCUGUUGCUGUUGAACGCGUUGGCUCAUUACACAGCCUGGUCCUCCUGUUCCGUGGGACAGUGCAAGGGGGAGGAGGAGAGUGCCUGGCCCUGCUGGCUGUUGCUGUACCUGGACCCGGCCCUGGGUCUCGGUGUGGUCUCCAGGGCCAUGUGGGUGUCCUGGCCCCGGCUGAAGGAGUCGGCGCUGCUGCUGCUGCAAGCAGUGCCCGGGGGGCUGGAUGUGCGGCGGCUGCGGGAGCUGCUGCUGAGACAGGACGGGGUGGAGGCCGUGCAUGAGUUGCAUGUGUGGCGGCUGGCUGGCAGGCGGCUGGUGGCCAUGGCCCAUGCCCGGUGCCGGGAUGCGGGCACGGCCGGGAGGCUGGCCGCCUUCCUCCGGCGGGAGGGGAUGGCGGCAGUCACGGUGCAGCCGGAGGUGGGCGAGGACCGGGGGCUGGGGUGUGAGCUGGCGUGCGGGCAGCGCUGCGCCCACAGGCUGUGCUGUGCGGGGGACCAGCAGCCCCACCAUGACUGGGGCAGCCCGGCAUCGAGGCACAACUCCCUGCUCGCAGAGUCUCCUCUCUCAGCCUACAACAGCACUGAGUGUGAGACAACCGUCUAAUGCAGCACCAGGGCACUCGUGGGGAUAUGGAGCAAGUACACAUGCAGAAUUGUAGCACAUACUGUCCCACUGUUUAGUUUCCUUAUGAUUCAACCCUCCCCCUCAAACAGUGGCAGCUUCUAGAUGAACUACCGUAAUAUUUUUCACACAGAGUGGUGAAUCUGUGGAAUUCUCUGCCGCAGAUAGUAGUUGAGGCCAGUUCAUUGGCUAUAUUUAAGAAGGAGUUAGAUGUGGCCCUUGUGGCUAAAGGGAUCAGGGGGUAUGGAGCGAAGGCAGGUGAUCAGCCAUGAUCAUAUUGAAUGGCGGUGCAGGUUCGAAGGGCCGAAUGGUCACCUCCUGCACCUAUUUUCUAUGUAACCUAAAAUGUUGCCGACAAAUUUUUCUGAAAUCAGAUGCUGCCCUAAUCAGCCGAGUUCCAUCAGCUGUCCUCAUAAUCAUACAUGGAAACAGGCCUUUCAGCCCAACUUGUCCAUGCUGACCAACAUGCCUCAUAUUAGCCCCUUCCAUUUGCUCCCAUUUGGCCCACAUCCCUCUAAACCUUUUCUAUCCAUGUACCCGUCCAAGGGUUUGCGGUUUCUUGUGCCACCAGUUUUCUCAUUAUUCUGAUUAAAGUGGAUAACCUCACAUUAUACUCCAUCUGCUAAUUUAUUUUUACCAAUUCAUUUAAACUCUGAAUGCACUUGCGCACUUUUGUAGCCUGCUUCACCAGCCACCUUUAUACCACUCGAUUUCAGUCGCUUCCUCUCCAUCAUUAACAUUGAUUGUACAUAGUUGAAGGUACCAUCACAUCCAUCACUGUGGCACCUCACUUGCUACAGCCCAUCAACUUGGAAAAUAACCAAUUCAUCCCAACUUUCACUUUUCUGUCGGUUAUCCAGUCAUCCAUUCAUGCUGAUAUAUUACCCACAGCACACUCGAGUUCCUUACCUUGAAUAGUCACCUAAGGUCACAGCCAUACAGUAUGGAAACAGACCCAUCGGGUCAACUAGCCCAUGCCGUCCAACAUGCCCCAUCGACGCUCGUCCCAACUGCCCCGCGCUUGACCCAUAACCCUCUAAACCUGCCCUAUCUAUGUACCAGUCCAAAUGUCUCUUAAGCGUACGAUAAUAUCUGCCUCAACUACCUCUUCUGGCAGCUCAACCCAUAUACCCGCCACCCUUUGUGUAAAAAAAGUUACCCCACAGGUUCCUAUUAAAUCUCCCCCCCCAGGUUCCUAUUAAAUCUCACCUUCCCCCACCCCACCCCCAAUUUAAGCCUAUGUCCUCUUGUUCCCGAUUCCCCCAACCUGGUUAAAAGACUGCAUUUGCCCCAUCUAUUCCUGUCAUGAUCUUGUACAUCUCUAUAAGAUCACCCCUCAUCCUCCUGCACUCUGGUUAUAUAGCACCUAAUGAAAUUGUUUUUAGAAUCCAAUAUACUUAUUAGUCUACUGACUCCCUUUUCAUAUACCUUGCAACGUGUUCUAAUAAUGCUAAUAAACUUGUCAAAUAUGAUUUCCCUUUUCUAAAAACACAUCGACUGAUUGUUAUUUUAAUAAUGGGUUGCACAUUUUUGCCUUUGGCAGAUAUCAAGCUAACUGGCUGUGGUUUCCCAAGAGCAGGUUGGAGACCCUCACCACAUUUAACACCAUGUGGCUUUGUACCCAAAGAGUGUCCAUCUACUGACUCCCGCAGACCAAGGAGGAUUAGGCUGGACAGCAAAUGUUCUCAAUUACGAUGGAUAGCCUGCACCUAUUUUCUAUGGGCACAGGUUAUUGAUUGGGGCUGAUCAGCCAUGAUCACAAUGAAUGGCGGUGCUGGCUCGAAGGGCCGAAUAGCCUCCUCCUGCACCCAUUUUCUAUGUG